CGUGUUACGCGUUGAGUCUGAGUGACGCACCCCCAUCUGAUUAGGCAGUGUAAUGCAUUUUUGGGAACAAAUAUUUAUCUUUUAAGCGCCCCUGAUGCUGUAGUUGACAAUUCAUUUGGUUGUAUGUGAGAUUGAAAGUGCAGUUUUCUUUUUAAAAGGGAUCAAGAACACGUUCACCUGCUCUAAAAGAUGGCUUCGUCUGAUGGAAACAAAAACACGAACACGGAACCAUGGGGUGGUUUUGAGGACAACAUUAUCCAGGGCACUGGGUCAGCAGUGAUUGACAUGGAAAACAUGGAUGACACAUCAGGCUCCAGCUUUGAGGACAUGGGGGAGAUGCACCAGCGCAUGAAGGAGGAGGAGGAGGUGGCAGAGGAGGCUGAAGCAACUGAAGAGGAGACUGGAGAGGAUGGCGAGUUUCUGGGAAUAAAGGGUAUCAAGGGCCAGCUGGGGAGACAGGUGGCAGAUGAGGUGUGGCAAGCAGGAAAGCGGCAGGCUUCCAAGGCUUUCAACCUAUAUGCCAACAUAGACAUUCUCCGGCCGUACUUUGAUGUGGAGCCUAUGCAAGUUAGGAACAGGUUGAUUGAAUCAAUGAUACCCAUCCGUAUGAUCAAUUUUCCACAGAAGAUUGCUGGGGAGCUGUAUGGGCCCAUGAUGCUGGUGUUCACGCUGGUGGCCAUCCUCCUGCACGGAAUGAAGACAUCAGGAACAGUUAUUAGAGAGGGUACUCUGAUGGGAACAGCCAUAGGGACAUGCUUUGGUUACUGGCUGGGAGUUUCCUCCUUCAUCUAUUUCCUGGCAUACCUAUGCAAUGCCCAGAUCACCAUGCUCCAGAUGCUGUCUCUGCUGGGUUAUGGUCUUUUCGGGCACUGCGUGGUUCUCUUCGUCACCUACAACGUCCACUUCCACUCCCUGUUCUACAUCCUGUGGCUGGUCGUAGGAGGGCUCUCCACACUGCGGAUGGUGGCUGCUGUUAUCUCUCGGACUGUGGGCCAGACCCCACGCCUCAUCCUCUGUGGAACACUGGCUGCUCUGCAUAUGCUCUUCCUGCUCUACCUGCACUUCGCUUAUCACAAGAUUGUUGAAGGUAUCCUGGACACAUUGGAAGGACCCAACAUGCCCCCCAUCCAGAGAGUGGCCAGAGAUUUGCCUGUGGUGGCCACUGCUGCUAUGAAUGCUGUGAAUGCCACAGUGAAGACCCUUGGUGUUAUCCUGCAGUCACAGUGAUGUUGUGUCCAACAUCAACGAUGAGACCAUAGGCUCAUGAGAACCUGAAUUCCAUGGUGGUGGUGUUGUGUAGAUAAUACAGACUGAUGUGAAGGUCAAAGACCAUGGUGGUUACUGGUUAUAGCUGACAUUCAUCAUGAUACAUGAACAUUGUCUCGGCAAACAAAUCAUCAUCAGUUCACAACAACUAUUGGUUGUUUAUAUUGAACCAAAUCAAAAAACUAGUGAAUGUCAUGUUUGUUCUCUUCAAAUGAUUGACUCCCUUUUUCAUCGGGAUCUUAUAUUUGUUAAAGCAGCUUGAGUGCAUUAAGAUUCCCAGCUGUUUGCAUUUGUUCUCAUGUUUAGACAAAUUCAUAUUCAACUCGUCACUCUCCUUUUUGUAGGCUUUGUUACACAGGUUAUGGGGAUUCUAUAAAAUUCUAGACGUUCAACGGGAGGACGGUUCCCUAAGGCUGUGUGGUGCCUUCUAUAGUUUCUUCAAAGGAAUUAUUAUUAUUAUCAUGUAUGAUACGGGGUAAAUUUAGAGUUUUAUCUAGCUUGUUUUACACAAUGCACCUCUCUUGUCUGAUAACCUAAUGGGAAAAUAACCAGAUAUGCAGUUGAUAUGUCACGAGAUACUGCAUUAACUUAUGAAUAUUGUUUCUUCUAAUCAGCUUUUGUUUCACCCAGUCAUUUGUGCUGUGCAUUAUUUGUACUUCCUAACAUUUGGGUGGGAUGCAAGGUAACCUCUCCUCCUUUUUAUUUAAAUGUGAAAUUGUAUUUAUAGGGUUAUUGUACAAAACGAUACAAUGGAAAUAAACUUUACGGACCUAAGACAUGGUCUUAUGAAAAAAAUCAAGAAGUCCUGCAAUUAGAUCCUAAUCCAUGAGUUUCACGUGCUUGGGAAUACAGAUAUGCAUCUGUUUGUCACAGAUACCUUAAAAAAACAGUCAGUAUCUGGUGUGACCACCAUUUGUCUCAUGCAGUGCAACACAUCUCCAUUGCAUAGAGUUGAUCAGGCUGUUGAUUGUGGCCUGUGGAAUGUUGGCCAACUCUUCAAUGGCUGUGCGAAGUUGCUGGAUAUUGGCGGGAACUGGAACAUGCUGUCGUACACAUAGAUCCAGAACAUCCCAAACAUGCUCAAUGGGUGACAUGUCUGGUGAUUAUGCAGGCCAUUGAAGAACUGGGACAUUUUCAGCUUCCAGGAAUUGUGUACAGAUCCUUGCGACAUGGUGUCGUACAUUAUCAUGCUGAAAAAUUAGGUGAUGGCGGUAGAUGAAUGGCAUGACAACGGGCCUCAGGAUCUCGUCAUGAUAUUCUGUGCAUUUAAAUUGCCAUCGAUAAAAUGCAAUCGUGUUUGUUGUCCAUAGCUUAUGCCUGCCCAUACCAUAACCCAAUCGCCACUAUGGGGAACUCAGCAAAUGUUGACAUCAGCCACCCGCUCGCCAACAAUGCCCGCUACAGCUGAAACCGGGAUUCAUCCGUGAAGAGCAGACUUCUCCAGCAUGCCAGUGGCCAUUAAAUAUGAUCAUUUGCCCACUGAAGUCGGUUACGACGCCAAACUGCCGUCAGGUCAAGACCCAGGUGAGGACAACAAGAUGAGCUUCCCUGAUACGGUUUCUGACAAGUUUGUGCAGAAAUUCUUUGUACAAACCCACUGUUUCAUCAGCUGUCCAGGUGGCUGGUCUCAGACGAUCCCGCAGGUGAAGAAGCCGGUUUUGGAGGUCCUGGGCUGGCGUGGUAACACGUGGUCUGUGGUUGUGAGGUCAGUUGGACAUACUGCAAAAUUCUCUAAAAUGACGGAGGUGGCUUAUGGUAGAGAUCUGAACAUUAAUAUCUGGCAACAGCUCUGGUGGACAUGCCUGCAGUCAGCAUCUAAAUUGCACUCUCCCUCAACUUGAGACAUCGAUGACAUUGUGUGGUGUGACAAAACUGCAUAUUUUAGAGUCGCCAUUUAUUGUCCACAGCAAAUCAAAUGUAUUGGUCACAUACACUAAUUUAGCAGAUGUUAUUGUGGGUAUAGCUAAAUUCUUGUGUUCCUAGCUCUAACAGUGCAGUAGUAUCUAACAGUUCUCAACAAUACACACUAAAAGUAAAAUAAUAGAAUGAAGAAAUAUAUAAAUGUUAGACUGAGCAAUGUCAGAGUGGCACUGACUAAAAUACAGUACAAUAUAAUAAAUUUAUAUACAUAUGAAAUGAGUAAAGCAGUAUGUAAACAUAAUUUAAACAUUAUUAAAGUGGCCAGUUGUUCCAAGUCUAUGUACAGUUGUGGCCAAAUGUUUUGAGAAUGACACAAAUAUUAAUUUCCACAAAGUUUGCUGCUUUAGUGUCUUUAGAUAUUUUUGUCAGAUAUUACUAUGGAAUACUGAAGUAUAAUUACAAGCAUUUCAUAAGUGUCAAAGGCUUUUAUUGACAAUUACAUGAAGUUGAUGCAAAGAGUCAAUA